UGUCGUUGUAAGCGACGUAAAUAACCACGACGACAGGAAUCCGUGAGAUAAUGUGAGAUACGAGGCAGAUAUGGUCAUUUUUUUACAGGUCUGAUCUUAUGUCAGCCAUUCUUCUCCUUCUUACGCUAUGUAGUUGCAGUGGAGAGUUGCUCUGAUAAGGUAUAUAUUUAAGUGUACAAGAUGUGGUGGAUUAUACUCACCUUACUAGCCCUGAUUGUAAUAGUCAGAGUAUGGUACAGACUGCAAUCAGGGCGCUGCACGUCUCAAAAAACGUUGGAUGGCAAGACCGUAAUUAUCACAGGUGCCUCCGCAGGUAUUGGUAAAGCUGCAGCAUUUGACCUGGCAAGGAGAAAAGCUCGGGUCAUCCUUGCCUGCAGGAAUUUAGAAAAGGCUCAGAAAGUUGCAGAUGAGAUCAUAAGGGACACAGGAAACACUUCAGUCCUUGUACACAAGCUAGAUACAUCAGACCUCUCUUCUGUUCGAAGUUUUGCAAGUGAGAUUAUCAAAACAGAAAAUUCUCUACAUAUUUUGAUAAAUAAUGCUGGGAUGGCUGGUCAUUAUAAAAGGGAACAUACAGCUGAUGGCUUGGAGUUAACCAUGGCAACAAACCACUAUGGCCAUUUUCUACUUACCAAUUUGUUACUGAAUCUUCUGAAGAAAAGUGCCCCGAGCAGAAUCGUCAAUGUGUCUUCCAAAAUGCACGAGUUUUGCAGUAAGCUAGACCCAGAAGACCUCAAUUUCGAGAAGAGUUCUUAUAGCAGUUUCACGUCAUACAAUCAGAGCAAACUGUGUAACAUCCUCUUCACACUAGAACUCGCAGAAAGGCUUCAUGGCUCAGGGGUUACAACAAACAGCUUGCACCCUGGAGCUGUGGAUACUGAAAUUGCCCAGAAAAUGGGUGGCUUUGCUGGUUACACACAAGCAUUUUUGUUCAAGUUGAUGGGAAAGGAUUGUGAACUCGGUGCUCAGACCAUCAUCCACUUGGCAGUUGCAGAAGAAGUUGAAGGCAUAUCAGGGAAAUACUUUGUUGACUGCAAGGAGAUAGAGAGUUCCAAGCUAGCUCAGCACAGAGGAAUUGCCAAAAAGCUGUGGCUUGCCAGUGAACUUGAUGUGAAGUUGGAAGAUGAGGAAAUGAAGUAGUCUAUGAGGAGGAACCUACAGCAAAAUAUAAAAGUAUAUACGUACAUACAUACAUAUAUAUAAUAUAUAUAUCUGUAAGUGAAUGGUAAUAUAUAUUUGGCUUAUUGGUUUUGUUGAAAGCAGAGUAAAUUCAGAUUAUAGAAGAUGCAUUAUGUAAUAUCAGAGUAAUCCAGCCCAUGUGAGAGCUUUGUUUUUAUGGUCUUCUAUAUCAAAGUAUAACUGUUUGGGAUACUUUGUCUUUUCUCUUUAUGCAUUAUAUUACUUCAACUGUCAGUUUGCACAAACAAUUAUACUAUAUAGAUUUCUCUUAUAAUUUUUUUUAAUUUUUUUUUUACCAAGAUACCCCAUCCUUUGCCUAGAUAAGACAUGACAGGCAAGUAAACCAUCCACUUUGCCUGUGCAAGCCAUACCUGUGCCUUGUUAUCUACAGACCAAACAUCUUGUCAUGUAAGUGGAAGUGUCUCCUGUGUGUCAAAGACUUCCUGCUUUCUCUAGCUUCUUUUCUGCUCCAGCUUACAUUUGGUUUCUCUCAGGUGCUGAAUGCUUCUGGCUUUGUCAGCUUUAAGAAUUACAGAUUUUUGUUGUUGAAAGAUUAUUAAUUAUAGAGUUUUAUGUGUAAUAGCACUGGCUUGAUAUCCCUUGGCCUGACUUUUUUAUUUUGUGUGUGUGUGUGUGUGUGUGUGUGUGUGUGUGUGUGUGUGUGUGUGUGUGUGUGUGUGUGUGUGUGUGUGUGUGUGUGUGUGUGUGUGUGUCGGUGUGUGUGAGAGAGAAGAGAAUCUAAAGCUGCUUUUGAGUAGAUAGAAAGUUUAGAAAAUUAAUUAGUAAUCUCUGAAUUGACAGUGCUUAUGAAUUUAUUUUGCUUGAUAAUGGAAGUUGUUUGGAUUGAAAAUACAUAUAGAGAUAAUCGUAAAACAACUAGACAAAGAAUAUGUUCUCCGCAAACAACAAAAACUGUAGUCUAGGACAAGGAUAGCUUUAAAAGUUUGUCCGUAUUCAAAUCUGUAUUAUAUACAUUGCAAAGAAUAUAGAACAAAAGUGAAUGCUCAAAAUGUGUGUAUGUUCUGUUAAUACCAUGUAUAACAUAUCUGUCACAUUUUGCUUGAUAUCUGCUUUAUAUUUUGCAAUUCUAUAGAAUUUGCAUGACUUUUGAUAUCUGGUAAAUAAAAUCAUAUGAAUUA